AUGACAUCUUCUGGUGACAAGUUGGACUUUGGUCCGAAGAAACAUGCAAAGGAUGAUGAUGAAGGCUCCCCAUGCACAGGUAGUCCAUCCAAUGAGUGGGGAGAACAAGUCUCCGGUGUAGAAAGGACCAGGAGUGAAGAGUUUGCGUCCACUGGUAAGUUUGAGGAACACAGGCAUGCACCAGGCAAGGUAGUUUCCAGCAACACCAAGAGAGAACAAGGCGUUGGAGGCAGUGGAUCCUGCCAGACACAAACACCCGAUCAUGUAUGCCACAAUGGAGGAGAAAAUGACGGCUCUAAUUGGCACCUUCAAACGCUUGUCGACCACUUUGACAAUGUUUGCGAAUGCCCAACGACGUCCCAAAGAGUCAUAGAUGAUUUGGGCCAUUGGGAAGCCAGUGUCAGAUUCCAAAACAGACUGAACAUCUGUGCUCAUGCAAGCAACUGUACAGAUAAUGAGACACCAUCCCAAGAUUCCACAGGCUCCGAUAGAUCCCAUGAUACCCAAAGGAACACCAAUUGCCAUCCGAUAGGCCAGUCUGAGAAGUUUUCAACCUUCGAGAAAAUGAACUCUCCACCGUUGAACUCUUUUCUGUUGAUCUUGGUACCAAUUGGAACGGCAAUCAAAAAUAGAACAAUCAGACCCGUGUUGCAAACAGUCGAGGUGGUUUGCAACCAAGCAAUUCUCUUGGAGCUGAUGCAGGUGCAGAUGGCUUGGGAGAAGAUACAGGCUGCAAACACACCGUAG